AUGGAGAAAUCGAAUCUGCCCGACGCGCAUACACAAGUGCAGGUCUCGAGCGAAGCUGCCGACAAUUUUGUCAGCACAUACUACCAGUCCGUCAACAGCAAAUCCAACCUUCUGAACUUCUACGUCAACUCUUCGCCGCGGUACACGAUACCCGCCGACAUUUCCAUCAACGGGCAGCUCGUGGCCACACCCGCUGAGUACCUCGCGCUCAUCGAGGCGCAGGGCAACGGCGUGCACUACGACGUCGAGUCGCUCGACGCGCACGUCAUGAACCCGUCCUUCAAGUUUGGCAUGCCCGACAACGUCCACGAUGCCGCCAAGGCCGAGCGCAACGGCGCCCGCAUGAGUAUCGUCGUCACGGCCGUCGGCCGCGUCCAGUUUGGCAAGGGCAAGGAUGCGCCCCAGAAAAUGUUCAACGAGACGUUUGUCCUCGUGCCCAACUGGGAUGCCAUGGCCAGGAAUCCGCCGCGUGGGCUCAAGAAGUGGCUGGUCAUGUCGCAAAACUUUCGCGCGCUGUGA